AGAGUGACUUGGCGAAGGAAGAUUUAAAAUGUUUAACCUCCAAGAACACACAAACCAAGUCUGUCAGCUUCCCCUUCCUGUAUCCCCUCCACAGCUGUGUUUACAUCAGCCAAUCAUCUGAGAGAAUGUGUUCGGAGAGGGGAGGGAGCCAGGGACAGGAGCCAAGUGAGCGAGACUGAAAGCACAAGAGUUUGAACUGGUGCUGAUUCUUAUGAAUAGAGAGAAGGGAUGUAAUUUCCUUUCAUAAUCCCUACUGCUGCAUUUGUACAUUCAGUCGUUUAGUGUUUGCCAUGUGACGUGCCAGGAAAAAUCCAUUCCUGGUUUUUUUAAAAAAAGAAAGAGCUUGUACACAGCAAUCAUUGGAAGGGCACAACCAUGUAAUCAGUGUUGUGCAUUAACUUUGUAUCUCCAUUUUUUUUUGUCACUGUGAUUUUUAACACACAUUGAAAAUCUUCAUCCAGCUGUACAGUCAUGCAUUUCAUAACUCAGCUAACUCAACAGCUGAUAACUUGGUUCAAAAUCCCAAGUGAUAAAAGAAUGCUCAAUGGUAAACAGAAAAUAGAAGCAGUUUGUUGUGCUGAUCCUGAGAACUCAAUUUUUGCAGAGAAAAGGGUGUGUAUUUCAUAAUAGCAAAUUUUAAUUUGUUGUCAUCAAUUCGUAUAUUCCAAUAGUCUGCAUGUUAAAUACACUAACACCACUUAUUUUACAGGAUUUAAUUUUGUUACAGUUGUAGCAUCCAGCCACAAAAAUAUCGCUGUCGCGCUUAAGGCUUUGAAGCUAAUCAUUAAAAUUAAUUUCAGUAUCUUUGUCGACCUCUAGGGGCACUUAAGGACAAAUACUCUAUCACCUAUUUAGGAUACCUCAGGCAGCACGGAGUGACAAAAUGUUUUGUGAGAUCAAUAUAUUUUUCAAAUAUGAAUAGCAAAUAAAUAAAUAAAUAAAUCUGCUCAUUAAAACGCGCUGCUUUAUUUAUAAGAAUUCCAUAUCGCAUCUAAAAAUAUACUGGGUUACCUUUAUUCUGGCAAACGAAACCUCGCCUUUUAGUCAUAAUGCGAUGAAUGAUCAGUGCACGCCUCGCGCUUUGGUAUAGAGAAUAAAUCUCACGUACACCUGUGCAGUGGAAGCUAAAUUUAAGGUGAGCGUAGCCUCACUUUUCAGGCUAUCAAAUAUUAUUGUGGACCAACCAUUCUGUCCACUUGAAGUGGAGAAAGAGGUUCAAGUUGAAGGGGUAGACCGUCUGGGAUAGUGUAAUGUGACGGUGAAUACCAUUUAAGGGGAUAACCCUGCAGAAUGUGCUUUACUUGUUUCAUUAUGAGUCAUUACCAGUUAAUUUAACAGGGCGCUUCAUUAGAGGUGGUGAGGUAACCCACUACACUAUUCGUAUUUAUUUAUUUAUUUUAAAUCGAUACCUCACACCUGCGUUUAGAACAUACGUUUCCAGUCUCUACUUACCUCCGACACUGUAGAGGGCACUGAAGUUGGACGGGGGGGCGUCUUAUGCAAAACCGAGGGACAGCCUAUACAUAUGCAUAUUUUCUAUGUACGCUCUAUGGGGCAGACUCAUGAUUUUGUCCGCUUGUCGCCCCCAUAAAGGAACUUGCCGGUCAAUCCGUUUACUCCAGAAUUCACAAGCAGAUAGUUUCUUAGGACACCCAUCCAAUCAAACUUUGCAAGAGAAUUCCAAGUGACUUUUUUCCUCUUAGAGAAAAAAAUGGAAAACGGUGUGAGAAAGUCUGAAAGAAAAACAAAAAAUGUCAGGUAUUUUGAGUCAAACAAAAGUGACAGUAAUACAGAAAGUGACAAUGUCUCUGAUUUGGAGAGCGACGAUUCUGACUUGGAUGCGACGUAUGAGGACAGUCUGGAGCCCCAACCGGACUUUGUAGAUGCGGAAGGAUCCGAGACGUCUUGCAUGAGCCCGCCGGUCACUCCGGUGAAGAGGGGACGGCUCACCCCUCUUGUCUCCCCGAGGCCCUCGAAGGGCCACGCAUCUCGAUUCAAACACCGGAGGAGGUCCUCGGCCACGGGGCACGAGGAGGGCAGGUGGAAUUCCAUCACGGACCCUGACGUAGAGCCACAGGUUCCUCGUUUCUGUCCGGCAAGAAAACCUGGGGUGCAGCUGGACACCACCAAGGACUAUUCCCACCUUGAGCUCUUUCAGCUGUUUUUCGAUCACUCUGUGGUGAAAACGCUGUGCAAGAACACAAACAAAAAUGCGGAGAGGGUGAGGAUCCUGGGCCGGAAGUGUCCGUGGGUCCCGCUGACAGUACCCGAAUGUUACCGCUUUCUCGGGCUGCUCAUCUUCAUGGGACUCUUGAAGGUCUCUGCACUGAAGGAUUACUGGGCUCUUCAUAGAAUCUACAGCCUCCCGUUCUGUCGCACGGUUAUGACAAGAAAACGUUUCGAGGUGAUCAUGUGGACCCUCCACAUGAGCGACCCGGAGGAAGACGAGGAAAACAAAAAGAAGAGGGGGACCCCGGAUUACGAUCGUCUCUUCUACCUGAGACCCCUCCUGGAUUCGGUGGUCCUGUCCUGCAAGGCCUUCUAUCACCCUCGUCAGAAUCUGUCCAUCGACGAGCGCAUGGUUGGAACCAGGGCCAAAAAUAUGCUGAAGCAGCACAUGAAGUCAAAACCAAUCAAGUGGGGGUUCAAGCUUUUUGUGUUGGCUGAUGCUUACAAUGGCUACACCUGCAACUUCAGCAUUUACCAAGGGAGGAGUGGACCGGAGUCAGGCAAAGGCAUCGGCUACAAUUCUGUCAUGAACCUGAUUAAUCUCGCUCAGCUGGGAACGGGCUACCAUCUCUACGUCGACAGUUUUUACACCAGCACCAGGCUCUUUCGCGACUUGUACUGCCUAAAGAUCGGGGCGUGUGGGACCAUCAACGAAAACAGGCAGGGCUUCCCCCGCGCCAGGGAGAACGCUCUGUCCGCGAAGUCUGACAGGGGGGAAAUAAGGUGGAUCCGGGAUAAGGAGCUGCUCUUCGUCAAGUGGAAGGACACUCGACAGGUGGCCAUGUGCACCACCAUACACAAGGUGUACACGGGGGAGCAAACCCUGCGGCGGAUCUUGGCCCCAGGUGGAAAAUGGACCGCAAACUCAGUUCCGAUCCCAACUGCGGUGAGGGCGUACAAUCAGCACAUGGGGGGAGUGGACCUAUCAGACGCGCUCAUUAAAUACUACAGCGUGGCUCACAAAACCAAGAAAUGGUACAAGACCCUUUUCCUCCAUUUUGUGGACAUUGCGGUGGUGAACGCCUUCCUGCUCCAUAAGGACCUGGCGGAGACUCAGAAAACCACGCCCCUCUCGCAGAAGGUGUUCAGAGAGCAGCUGUGCCUGCAGCUGGUGGACUUUGGGGAGGAUGGUCCGGCUCCUGCCCAGGCGCCGGAACAGUCCUUGCCGGUCAAAGCCAAGCGCGCAAAGGAGAAGAAGGUGCAGAAGUCUUGCAUUCCCGUUUGCAUCACAGAAGGGCAAGACAUUCACUACUCUCUCAAGGCCACCAAAGGAAGGAAGUACUGUGUCUUGUGUUCGAAGGAGAAGAAUGGAUUGCAGACCAUCUGGAAAUGUGAGGCCUGCAAUGUGGCCCUGUGUCUGAUCCCAGACAGGAAUUGCUUUCGGGAUUGGCACUCCUUGUUAGCGAAAGAGGCUAAAAAGCAGGAGAUGGCUGAGCGCAUUCCACAUUGUUCAAAAAAGUAGUCUUCCAUCAGUCACCUGUUUGCCAUAGAAAGUACAUAUCAAGUGGGAACUGGAUGAUUCUGAGCAUUGUGCAUCUUGGGAACUGUAGUCAUUGAAUUAUUGUCACAUUAGUCACUUGAUCUUAUCCAGAGUGACUUACAGAUGUGGAGAACAUCAGUUUUCAUCUCAGGAAUAAAAAAGUGCCAUAUCACCAAGAAGGCUCAUUUACCAACCAAUAAAUACAAAUACAGAUUGCCAUGUUUUUUGUCCCCCAGCCAUCGGAGAAUGUGUUCAGAGAGAGUGAGAUGGAGAACUGAGCGGUGUUGCCUCUUAAUUGUGUUGUCUGAACUGUUUCUGAUCUGAAAAGAAAAUGGAUGGAGGUGACUUUUUUAAACUUUCCUUUCUCCCAGCUUAUUGCAUGUAUUGUAGUGAAAAGUGCUUACCAGACCACCUCCAUUCCUGGUUUUCCAAAAAAGCCAGUGGAAAUUUCUUUUGGAGGGUAUAGCUGUAGGUAUAGUAUUAAAAAUCUGUGUUAAAUUUGACAACCCCCACCCAAUAUUGUAAUUGUAACUAUGAGUGUUCUAAAAGAAUAGUAAAAUGUACAAAUUCAGAAUUAUUUAUUUGAUAGAGGAUCACGGCGGUUAGUUAUUAUAUUAGAGGAUUAUAGGAUCAUGGCUGAGGCAACAGUGCAAAGAUACAACACAGGAUUGCAUAAUUUAUUAUCAGUAUCUAAUGUGAAAGCAAUUGGAGAACUUCACAACACAAGAGCACUUUUCUCCAUCAGGUCUUCAACCCUACCUCAUAUUUCAAAAUAUACGUUUAAAACAAGAGCAAACAAGAGUAACACCAGAUUAAAACAAGUGGGAGCUUGUUGGGCAGGGGUACAUGAUGUAUUGAUGUUUGUAGUGAAACCAAUUUAUUGUUACACUGCCAUCGUUGGUAUAUCGGUAAAACUGAAUUCUUAAAAUGAACUUUUUUUCUAUGCGAAUUAAAUUAAAGUGAAUUCUGUUCGCCAUGACUGCAGAAUGAACAUAUGUGAUAGUGCUUUAAAGUUUUUCAUAUUUCUGAUGCACUGGACCAAAUAAACUGAACAAAACCGUUUUUUUGUCCCAUUUCAUUGCUUUGAAGUGUAGGGCAAAACCAAAAUGUGAGUAGAUUCAUGCCUCUCAGUCGUGUAUUUAAAUUGUUAAUUUAUCACAGUAUUGUCUGAAUGAAAAUAAUAUCUUUUUUAGAACAUUAAAUAAAAGUUUGAAAAAAGCUAGGACUAAACUUUCUGUUUGUACUUUUGAACUUGUGUAUUUGCACAACUUAAUAGAAAUGACACCACUUGCUGCGAGAUACUGUAUGAACAAGUGUAGACCGCGGUCACUGUACUACUGUGUGGUCAUGUGGAACGUGGUUCAGGGCCAUAUCCAAACCUGGCAGAAUGAAUCAUAUUUUUAUGUGUGUGGUUCUUCAUAUGAAGUAGGGUCUUCUGUGAUUGAAUAGAUUUUUAAAAAAUGACACUUAUGGCUGUCCAUUGUCUGAUUUUACAACAAUGGUCUACUUUAAAUGAAUAGAUUGUAGCCCACAUAGGCUGGUUUCAGUGUGGAUGUGUGUCCUAUCCCCCGUAGUGCUUGGAAAGUAUUCCAAC